AUGGGCUACACAAAGCACCGCAUGCUCGGCCGCAACAGCGCGCACCGACAAGCCCUCCUCCGCAACCUCGUUACCUCGCUGUUCGAACACGAAUCGAUCUCGACCACGUACCCGAAAGCGAAGGAAGCGCAGCGUCUCGCCGAAAAAUGUAUCACUCUCGCAAAGAAGGGAACCAAUGCCUCGCGGCUACGCGCUGAGCAGAUUCUCUACACACCGUUAGAUAUGGUCCCGAGAUUGUUUGGCGAUAUCGCGGAGCGUUAUAAGGAGCGGCCUGGAGGGUACACGCGGGUACUGAGGAUCGAACCUCUGAAGACGGAUCAGGCGCCGAGUGCUAUCCUAGAGCUUGUGGACGGCCCGAAGGAUAUGCGAUUCGCGUUGACGGCGAAGACGGUGGCAAGGUGUGCGACUGAGGGGAAGGACCUGUCCGACCUCACGCUCAAGAACAUCAAGAAGGUGACACAGUUCCGGAAGGAUGGAGAGUCCGAGUUGCAGAAAAUGGUGGAUCAUCUCAAAGACAACAAAUCCGAUUAA